GAUAAACCCGCCUGUUUCACGAUAAUACAGUCACCGAUUUCACUGGGGAUGUUUCCCCUUCAAAUGUGGGAGAAUGAUAUCGUGAUUUUUUUUUCCCUCAAAACAAUGAGCUGUAUGUCCCUGCACACACGGGUUUGCGGUUGAACCUGACGCAUAUAACUCAGGACCAUUUCCCCACUCAUUGAUUCUGUUUGGCAAAGGUUCCUCACAUAACGAUCCAUCCUGUUCAUUCACAGCCAAGCAAACAUGAGCGACAUCCUGGCGCCACAGGCUGAUCGAGUGAUGGAACUUGGAGAAUGGCAGCAGCGUUGGCAAGAAAACCGGAUUGGGUUCCAUCAGCCCGAAGUCCACAAGAUGUUGAGAAUGUACAUUGAUGAAGUGGUGGCCGGACGGACUGGGGUUCGCUUCUUCUUCCCACUGUGUGGAAAGGCUGUGGACAUGAAGUGGCUGGCAGACAUGGGCCACUCCGUAGUGGGAGUGGAGAUCGCUGAGAAGGCCGUUCAGGAGUUUUUUCAGGAGAACAACCUGACAUACAGUGAGGAGGCUGUCCCUGCUAUUCCAGGAGCCAAAGUCUUCAGAAACGCAGAGAAAAACAUCUCCCUCUAUAACUGUGACAUUUACAACUUCUCUGCUUCUAUUGAGGGUCAGUUUGGAGCAAUUUGGGACAGAGGGUCUCUGGUGGCCAUUAACCCGCAAGACAGAGAGAAAUAUUCUGCUCUCAUGAUGUCUCUGAUGGCUGGUGACUGCAGAUAUCUGCUCGACACUCUGAUCUACAACCCAGAGUUGUAUCCUGGUCCUCCGUUCCUGGUGCCUGAUGAUCAAGUCAAUGCCCUGUUUGGAGGGCACUGUGCUGUCAAGUUGCUGCAAUCCACGGAUGCGCUUUCAGACCGGCACAAAGCCUGGGGGUUAGACUACCUCCUCGAGAACAUCCACCUCAUCACACCUCAGUAGAAUUAAAAUGUAUG